AUGGACGACAAAAGAGACGCCGCGUCAGAACAACACGAAUCGGUCAAGCCCACCCAGGCCCAGGAUGGCUUGCCUAUGCCCAUCCAGCUGGCAGCGCUUCCAGACGCCGAGUACAAGGCCCUCGGUCGUCGGGCGACGCUCAAGAUGGAUCUCGUUAUAAUGCCCAUACUGGUCACCAUGUACAUCCUCAACUACCUCGAUCGACAGAAUAUUGCCAGCGCAAAGCUUGCCAAUAUUGAACAAGACCUUGACCUGUCUCCUGUCGAGUCCUUCUCCCAGCUCGACACUAAUUCAUCCCACGCAGUCCUCUUCCAGGUCCCGUCCAACAUGAUCGCCGGUCGCAUCAAAUGGCCUGGCAUCUACAUCUGCUGCAGCAUGGUUAUCUGGGGCGCCAUCUCAGCCAUCAUGGCAUCUGUGCAUAACUUUGCGGGGCUUGUAGUCGCCCGCAUCUUUCUCGGAGUCGUCGAAGCCGUCUUUUUCCCUGGAGCCCUCUACUUUCUGUCAAUGUUCUACAAUCGAAAGCAGUUUGCUUUGCGCACGGCAAUUUUAUACAGUGGCUCUCAGCUAGGUAACGCUUUUGGCACGUUACUAGCUAUUGCCGUCCUGAAGCUUGAUGGAGCGCAUGGUAUUGCUGGUUGGCGAUGGCUCUUCCUUAUCGAGGGUGUCGCCACAGCUGGCCUCGGCAUAAUCUUCGCCUUUAUACUACCUAACUCCAACAGAAAGAUCAUGACUCUCUCAUCACUCGAGUGCGAGUGGGUACAGUAUAACUUUGCGCUGGAUCAAGGCCAGAGUGACGAUAGCCACGAGAUAUCAUCCUUUGCCGGCUUCAUGAUGGCUGUCAAAGAUCCCAAGACGUGGUUAUUCGUUGGUAUUCUAUACUGCACCUACAUCGUCGGCGCCGUUGCCAACUUCUUCCCAAGCGUUGUAGGCGGCUUGGGGUAUGGUAGAAACAUGACCUACGUCCUGACAGCUCCGCCUUUUCUCCUUUGUGUCAUUGCCAUGUUAAUUAACGGCUUCCACUCAGAUCGUGUCCAAGAGCGCUCUUACCACAUCAUUGGUGCCCUGAGUAUUACAGCAGUAGCCAAUAUCAUUGCGGUUUCCACAACAAACACCGCUGCGAGAUAUGUAGCCAUGAUGAUGCUCCCCGCAUCCUUCUACGCCUCAGCCAUUGUUACCCUGUCAUGGAUCACAGGAACCCUGUCUCAACCAAGGGCCAAGCGAGCAUCGGCAAUUGCCUUGAUCAAUUCCAUCUGCAACACACCAAACAUAUGGUGCAGUUAUUUGUAUUAUUCGCCUCCGCGAUAUUUGACUGCGUUUAUCGUCAACCUGGCUGCAACAGUCAGCGCUAUCGCCUUUGCGGCUACUGCUCGUUUGUACUUGCGUCGCCAAAACCAGAAGUUGGAGACUGGGAAGAGUUGUGGGAAGCAUGGGCCAACAGAUGCUCAAGUCGCGUCGGGGUUCAGAUAUACACUCUAG